GCCACCUACGGAGAAGCGAGCGCUUCAAUCAGCCGGAGCUGGAUUCCACGGGUGGUUCGCAGAUCGCAUGAAAAGAGAGCGGCUUCUGGUACCACCAGUACAAUCGAAGUAUAUCUUUUUAUAUGUAACUUCAGCGAUUCCAAGUCUAUAGGAGUGACUGCUAGGAGUUAUAUCGCUGAACUUUCAGAACUUACGUGCCAUUGUUGUUGUUCGAGAGGCAACUUCAGGCAGACAACGCAAGCCGGUCACGCUACGGCACCUAGAUUGAACCAGAGAGAGAGAGAGAUCGUACAUCAACAUGGAAGCUGCCGGAGCGGGAGCGGAGACGCAUUACGUCUUUGUCUAUGGAACUCUCAAGAUGGGCGAGACGAACCACAAGGUACUGACGAACCCCGACAACGGCCGCUCUACGCUGGUUGGCCAGGCGAGGACACUCAAGAAGUGGCCGCUAGUUCUCGUGUCCUCGUACGAGAUACCAUGUCUGCUGCCCUGUGAAGGCGUGGGCCACGAGAUAUGCGGCGAGGUUUACCAAGUGGAUGACCGGAUGCUGAACGUACUCGACUGCCUCGAGUCGCACCCACACUUCUACGUCAGGUCGCAGGAAGACGUCAUGUUGCUGCCACCGCCGAAGUCGACCGGCGCGAGCAUCGAAGAAACAACACCGCCAUCCGAAAACUCAUCAUUGACAGAGGCCGGCGACAGGCGCAAAGCGUGGAUCUACUUCGUGCGCAAAUUCGAGCUAGAACUGCUCUCGCUACCGAAGGUGGUGCGCUACACCCUGAAGCCGGGCAUCGAGUGGCCGGAGCUUAUCUGCGACAAGGAGCAAUCCCAACGUUUCCUGGACGGCGCGUUUCAACACUUCGGCGCAAGUGACAGCUGCAGCAGCGGCUAGAAUUCGUAAAUUUAAAAAAAAAAAGCCUAAUUGGACGUUCUAUAGAAUGUCCAUACA